UAUUUCAGGAUUGUCUAUGCCUGCGGAGUGUGCAAAACAAAACUAUUGUGAAUACAAACAUGAAAAGUACCCAGGCAAAUUAUUUAAGAAUCUACUUAAUGACACUUUGAAUAUUGCCACUAACCAAAUCACAGGACAACGUAGAGGGGAGCAUACCGAAUUCGAAGAAGUCUGCAAACAAAUUGAUGAAUACGUGACCAUCUACGAAAUAAUCGACGAGCACGACAAUACGCGUUUCGUGGCACAAACAGAUGAUAACAAAUUUAAAAAUGAAAAUUUAAUUGGCAGAUGCCAAUAUCCAGGCAAAAUAAUGAGGACAGUUCCACUUCUCACAAAACCUGAGAUCGAUACCAAUGAAUACACGUUGUAUUGCGAAGACAUCACAACCGAAUUUAUGUUCCUGGUACUAAGUCACGAUGGAAACUCAUUGGAAAAUGUGAAGUCUAAAGAAAUACCUGUGGGAUGCGCAUGUCGAUACAGAAGCAAGCACUGAGUACAUUAGAUUAUUUAUUUACUUCAUCAAUUGCGGUCUCCCUUCUAUGAUGUUUUAAUUAUAUACCUCGUAUUAUAUAAGUGACUCAAGUUACUUCUCCUAAUUGCUAUUGGUAGGAUGACGAGGGCUGGAACAGACGAGACUGACAAUUCAUUACAUAGUCCAGAUAAAAGGAAAGUAAAUGUGGGGUCGUAUUAGAAAGUCGAGGAAAUAGUUCUACAGAGUAACUAGAACGGAAUUACAACGACAACAGCAAAGUUAGGUAGACGAAGAAAGACCGCUUAUUUCAAGAAAAUCUAAAUGUUGGUUUUUAACGAACUCAAUGUUAACCGCGUUAAAGCGAAUUAGUAUGGAAAUCAUAAUAAUAAUAAUAACGCUCACACUCAACAUAGCCCCGCACUAGGGAAACCCUGUGUCGCGGGUGCCAUGGACACACACAUAGACAACCACAAAUUCCACCCA